UUCUAAUUUCACCAGAUCAACUACUAGUCCACUCAAAACAAAAUUAGAUCAAUCGUAAACAAAUUUAUUCGAAAUUAUGUCUACUAAGAACUGUAGAAUGGUAGUAAAUGUCUAUUCCACCAACGUGUCCUCGGACAAUCGUUCGCGUUAUGAGAUGCUAUCCUGGGUCAACAAGACAUUGCAGACCAACUUGUCUAAAGUCGAGGAAAUGUGCACCGGAGCCGCUUACUGUCAAUUAAUGGAUAUGCUCUUUCCCAAAUCACUUCCAGUCAGGCGAAUCAAGUUUAUAUCUAAUCAAGAGCAUGAGUAUUUUCAAAAUUUCAAGCUUUUACAGGCGAGUUUCAAUAAACUGUCCGUGGAUAAGGUCGUGCCCAUAGACAGACUUGUCAAGGGUCGUUUUCAAGAUAACUUGGAGUUCCUUCAAUGGUUUCAAAAAUUCUUCGAAGCCAACUAUAAAGGUCGUUCCUAUAAUCCCAUUAUCGUUCGGCAAGGACUAGACAUGGGCAUAUGCUCGGGUCUUGUUAGCUCUAAAUCACAAAAGAUAUCUAAGGGGCCCCGUGAAACUCCUGAAGAACCUUCCACUAAAUCGGCAGAGGAAGCGGCCAAGGCUGAUACCGAAAAAGAAGCAAUAGAAAAAGAAUUCUUAAAGCUUUCCAAUGAGCUUAAAAUCUACUGUGAAUAUACAUCGACUAUGGAAAAGGAAAAAGAAUUCUAUUCCACAAAAUUGCGAAAUAUCAAAACUCUUUGCCAGAACAGCAAAGUUUCUGACAACCGACUAAGUCUUAUUUUAGGACAGAUUAUUCACGUUAUUUACGCUGAUCAGGAUGGAAGCACAACUACCAACUGAAACUAUAUAUCAACCCCUAUUUAUUUUCCAAAAUUGUUAGUUUUUUUCGAUAUUUUUCCACAUUUUUGAUGAUUGUUACGAAAUAUACAUUCCAGGAAGCCUUCA